AUGUCGGGGUCAGCCGCGGCCAAGCCCAGUCCGUCUAAGACUGCCACUGCUCCUCGCAAGCGGCGCAAGAGGACAACCACUGGAGGUGCGCCCGAUGAUUGCUUUGCUUGCGCUCAAAACGGUGUCAAAUGCGACCGGCGACGUCCGUAUUGCAGCCAAUGCCUUGACCGGGGAAACGCCUGCUCCGGGUAUAAAACCACCUUGACCUGGGGCGUCGGAGUCGCCAGCCGCGGAAAGCUACGUGGACGCGCCCUUCCUGUGUCGGAUGGGCAGUCAACUGCCUCGUCGCCCAAGGAGCGCAGGCACAGUGCUUUCAAGACUUCUCCUCGCCCGUCCCACCGCCGGAGUUCUCCCGUUAAAGCUGCACCAGUGGUGCCGUCGUUGUCCGUCCCCGAGGCGGAACCAACCGCGUUGUACGAUACCACUCAGCAUUGGCCUGCACCGGCUGUCCAGCAACCGGAUCCCCAGAAUGAUGCGCGCUCAGUGCCUUCGAGUCAUAACCACGUUUUCGGUUUAAACGGACCGUCGGCGAUGUUGCAGCGCCCUGUUGAUGGGCAUCCUCAUCAAAUUCCAAACUACUCAUUCCACCUUCACACGACCUCGUCCGGCAUCUCGGAGCCCACACAGGAAGCGUGGGCUCAGCCUGUGAGCGUGCCUCACACCACUGCUUAUACUGCCUAUGUAGAUUAUGGCCACCCAGUGUCAUUGCAGUGGCAGCAGCCCACCACCGGCAAACGGUCUGCAUCUUUUGACGAUGAUCGAGAAAUUGACGAAGCCUACAUGGCAUCCCUCGCCUCCGAGACCAGCCAACCACCGACAACCAUCUAUCGACCUGAUCAAAAUCAAGUCCAAAUCCAAAAUCAACAUAUUUGGGCAAUCUCGCAGAGCCCCUUUGCCAAUUCCUUGCCAGACUUGUUGUUGGAACAGUCGGUUGGUCGCACCCCGCGCAUUCGUUACCUGAUCAGCUAUUUCGCAGAGGUUAUCGCCCCCGUGAUAGUUGCCUUUGAUAGCCCAUCCAAUCCCUACCGCACGCGGAUUCUGCAGUUAGCCCACCAUAGCGAUACGCUGCAGCACGCAAUUGCUGCCCUCUCUGCCAGUAAUAUCCGCCAAAGGCGGGAGGAGAAAAUCCAUUCUACCGAAAGAACAGAGCCAUCCCGGAUGUCCUCGAUGGCACAUCGGGCCCUGACAGAUGUAUCCUUCCAAGAGCGACAUGGGAUCCGGGAUAUCAGCGGCAACAAUAACGAGGAGAUUUUCCACAAAUCAGUGGCCAUCAGAUCCUUGAAUGCGCAGCUUGCCGAUCCUUCCAAACGACAUGAUGAUUCUGUCUUGGCAACUCUGCUAGUCCUUUGCCUAUUCCACAUCUGCGAGACUGGUGUGGCCCAUUUCCAAACCCAAUUCGCGGGAGUACGAAAAUUGCUUUCGAUGCGACGGCGGACCAACUUGCUGGAGUCCGAAGAAGCUAGGUGGUGCACCAGAAUGUUCACUUGGUUCGAUGCCAUGACUGCGACUAUUAAUAAUCGUGAAGGUGAGCUUCAAGGGCAGCUUCUCGACAUGACCUGUCUGUCUGAUGAAGAGUGGGCUAUGGAGAAUUUGGCCGGUUGCGACGGACGGUUAUUCAAGGUCAUCGCCCGGCUAGGGCGUUUGAAUGUUCUCGCUCAGAAUAAACCUGUUGAUCCUUCAUACAACAUCGAUAUGCCUCCUGCGAUGCCAGUCUUACCGCCAUCGGUAUCGCACUACACACCCAACGGAAUGAAUGUGGCCUAUGCCACGAAUCUCUACAGUAAUACUCUGGUUCAAGUCGGCAAUGCAGAAUUCUGGACCGAAUGGCACUCAGUUCGCCAGCAACUAGAAGGCUGGCGAUUGGACGCCCUAUCUCUGGCCGGCGGGCACGACCUCAAUACAUUAUCACCGCCCUAUUCUAGCGGGUCGCUUUCAUCAUCCCCUUCAUCUGCUCCGACUUUUGCGUCUGUUCCGAUGUCCCCGAGCUCAAAGUACCUGGUCGCGCCGAAUAAUAUGACGGAUUUGUCCAACAUCUCGGAAGCAUUCCGAUACUCGGCGUUGCUGUACACUGAGCGUCUAGCAUAUCCAGACCUCCCAUCCACGCAUCCUCGCAUCCAGACAUUUGUCUUGACGGCGAUGCAUUACAUUGCCGCCGUUCGCUCAGAUGUUUAUUUAUUGUGGCCGUUAUUCGUCACUGGCUCUGAGUGUGUCUAUGCAGAACACCGAGCCGCGAUCCGGGACAGAUGCCGAGAUAUCCAGAAAGACUCCGGAUUCUACAACAACAUCUCUUGCCUGGAGCUUCUCGAGAAGAUCUGGGCGAGGAAUCCGGCCGUGCAGACUCAGGACCAGGGUAUUUACAACAGCUUCCACGGAAUGCCUGGCAAUCCAGUGUCGAAUAUGCGCACGCAGGUUCAUCACAAGGUGACCGGCCACAGCCAAGGAUUCAAAUGGCAGAGCAUUGUCGACGAAGAAGGUAUAGAUGGGGAAUACAUCGUGAUCUAG